AUGUCCACAACUGUAUUUGUUUCAGGAGCUACUGGAUUCAUUGCUCAACACAUUGUAAAGCAAUUGCUUGAAGAUAAUUACAAGGUUAUCGGUUCAGUGAGAAGCUCUGAGAAAGGUGAACAUCUCAAGUCAUUACUUGCCAAUGCUGGAUUGAAGGCUGAGAAUUUUUCAUACGAAAUCGUUAAAGAUAUUGCUGCUAAAGGUGCUUUUGAUGAAGCUUUGAAGGCGCAUCCAGAGGUUACUGUCUUUUUGCACACUGCUUCACCAUUCCAUUUUAAUGUCCAAGAUGUUGAGAAAGAAUUGUUGAAGCCAGCAGAAGAAGGUACCACCAACGCUCUAAAUGCCAUCAAAGAAUACGGUAAGAAUGUUGAAAGAGUUGUUGUUACUUCUUCGUAUGCAGCUAUUACUGGUUUUGCAGAUUUGGCAACUCCUGGUAAAACUGUUGACGAAAGUUCAUGGAACCCAAUCACUAAAGAACAAUCGUUGAGAGACCCUUUCAAUGGAUAUAUCGGUUCCAAAAAACUCGCAGAGCAGAUUGUUUGGAAGUAUGUUGAAACUAAUAAACCUAAAUGGGGUGUCUCUGUGGUCAACCCAACCUAUGUGUUGGGCCCACAAACAUUUGAGGUCAAGGACAAGUCAGCAUUAAACACCUCCAAUGAACUUAUCAAUGGUAUUUUGAAAGCGGGAAAAGAUCAUUCGCAGCCACAACAAGUUACAGGAUACUUUAUUGAUGUCAGAGAUGUUGCUAAAGCUCACAUUGUUGCAUUCCAAAAAGAAGACGCUAUAGGCCAAAGACUUUUAUUGGCAGCAGGCCCAGUCACAACUGAAAAGAUCUUAAAUAUUAUUAAGAAGGACUUUAGCCAAAUCGAAUUGCCUACAUUGAAUGAAUCGGAAAAGCCAGACUGGGAUAAGAUUGAAAGUAUUAUCAACAAUGACAAGACCAAGAAGAUUUUGGGCUUCAAAUUCAUUGACUUGGAAAAAUCUGUUGACGACACUGUUUCCCAAAUCGUGAACUAG